CCGAGAUAUUUUCUUUUGAACGCAAGCCAUAAUUACUUUCCCCGACAGCUAUUAUUAAAUAUGCAGUCACCGAGCUAUCACAGCCGGCAGUUCGGAGCUCGCACAGAAAGCUCUGGCAUCGCGGACAUCAUGAGACGCAGGCGAAAGACUGUAUCGUGUUAUGAUUGCCGGCGACGCAAACUACGAUGUGAUCGCGAGCAACCAGCAUGUAGUCGGUGUCGUAAAGCCGGACUAGCGGAUUCCUGCUCGUACGACCAAAUUCCAAUUCCAAAACUCCCAGUAAAGCAAGUGGCCGCUCUUCCUGCGUCGCCCUCUACAUCGUUGACUACGGCAAACGCCUUCACGCCUGCGGCGAAUCAUGGCUCCGCUUCGAGGGCCUCAGAGUCUACCAAUCCGAUAGCGCCCGCAGCUGCAGAGUGGAAUGAAAGUGCUAAUUUUAAAACCUCCUUGGAAGCAACGCGGAACUCUGGGAGCUGGCAAUUACUUGGUCGACGAUUUGCCUCCGCUGGACCACCCAAUGAAGAGCGACUGGCCAUUUCCAAUGCCACUCCAGCCGCUGCCAACUCUCCGUAUAGGCCUUCGACACCAGAUGCAGUGAUUUUUAGAGGCGAGAAUUUCAAAACUCACUAUUACGGUAGUAGCAAUUCUAUUGGCUUAAUUUCUCAUUUUCCAGAGCUUCGGUCUUUCAUGAAAGACACAAUUAUGCACCGAUCAUCUCUACCACGCGUUCAAAGAGAGUUGAAGGCGCUGCAGGUUAAAUGGAAAACAGCCAAAGCUAGCAUAUCCUUUAGACCGGACUUGGACCUUCUUUGCCUUCUGCCUGAUAAGGAGACCGUCGAUCACCAUGUUAAUAUUUACUUCAAGACCGUCGAAACAGUCUAUAGAAUUCUUCACUAUCCUACCUUUGCCGAGGAUUACGAGAUGUUCUGGGACGACCAAAAAGCAGCGAAGCCUGCAUUCGUUAUCAUCUUGCUACUGGUCAUGGCCUCGGUGAGCUGUAUUGCAUCGAAAGGACAGCCUACAUAUAUUGGCGACAGCUCGAUCGCUCGUGAGCGAGCUAUGAUAUGGAUCGAAGUUUCUGAAUGGUGGUUAUCUCUUCAAAGUCAGAAGAAUGUUUACAUGGCCAUAUGGCAAAUUCGUUGUCUAUUGCUUUUUGCAAAGCAAAUAAACAUCUUCAAGAAAAAACGACAAUGGACAGCAGCGGGCACGCUAAUCAGGGAGGCCAUGUCAGCAGGUUUCCACCGUGAUUUCAGUCUCUUUGGUGAACGCGUGUCCUUUUUUGACCAAGAAAUGCGACGUAGACUAUGGGCCACGAUGCUAGAGUUAGAGUUGCAGGCGUCGAUUGAUAGAGGCAUGCCCUCUGCCUCGGCGGGCAUACCUUCAGAUAGCGCCCCAGUUCUCAAUAUUAAUGAUGAAGAUCUUAUAUCAGACUGUGAUAGCUUGCCAACUUCUAAGCCAUGGGAUGAGUAUACGGACUGCUCAUUCCUCCAUUUAUCGGCUGCGAGCUUUUCUCUGCGAGUUUCGCUGAACUUGGUGGUGAAUGAUUUGAACACUCGUUCCCGAUAUGAGGAAGUGUUGAAUUACGAGGAAGCUAUUCUAAAAGAAUUAGAAAGACUGCCUAAGUGGGGUCAAACAAAAACAGGUGAGGGCUUUAGCCAAGGCUCCAUUUUAAUGAUGGCGAGACUACUCCUAGACAUUCAACUUCGACAAUUCUUGAUAAUGAUUCAUGCGCCAUUCGCACGACAAACUGAUAACACGAACCCACGCUAUACCUUGUCAAGAAUGGUAUGUUUUAAUGCUUCAUGCGAUAUUAUAGAACGACAUUCGCGACUCACAAGUUCUUCGAAUUAUCUGCUGCUGCUCCUUCGCCAUGACUACUUCAGGGGAGCUUUGGUUAUUUGCCACAAUAUGUACAUCUCGCUCAGUAACCAAAACAACUUGAUUCUUAGCUCCAACACGAAUAUGAUUCUUCAAUAUCUUCAGUCUGUUCUCGGUAUGCUCGAAGAUAGAAUAUCGCGGCUAGGAACUGGGUACACGCAUCACUGGUACAUUUGUGCAGGCUAUGCUUUUAUUCGAUCGGUCUUAGACUCUACGGAAUUGGCGACACAAAUGGAAGAAGCAGUAAGCAAAGUUACGAGACAAUACCAUCGCAUAUUGGCAGAACAGGAAGAGUUACGAAAUGUGGAGCGUCAAAUUAUACCGACCGAGAUUAAAAGAGUGGAUACGAGGGCAGAUCACGACCAAAUUUCGGCCAAUAUAACAAAUAACGCUGGGCUUUUUAAUCUUGACUCAGAUGUUUCGCAGAUCGCAUUUGAGAAUACAGAACAACCUUUGGAUGAAUUCUUCUUUGGUAAUCCAGCUGCGUGGACUUUUGAAAACUUGUGGUCCGCUGAAUAGAACUGGAAUUUCAGUUUGAUUAUUCCAGUUAUAGAAGUUUUACUUAACUUUAGCGAUACAGAAUAGAUUCCUAUCUUCUGAUGCUAAAAACUAGAAACGAGAAUGCCUUGACGCUUAGGUAUUUUGUACCCUUAGCUAGGGCAGUGGUAGCUGAUAUCCCCCAGAAAAUGCAAAACAACACAAUACCCAAGCCUACUAGAAUCACGACAAUUCCUAUGAGUUCCGACACUAUUAUUCCUAAAAUAGAAAUGAAACUCUUGAAUUUCUUUCACUUAUAUUGAGACUUGGAAGGUCGUUGUGUUUGUAAGCUCAGCUGCAAAUAUUGAGCUGGUCAUCCCUGUGCUUCAUGCCCAUUCUGCUGAUGUAAAGACAACUGAGAAGAUCUGGAAGGGCCUUCCUGCU